AUGACAAACAAUAUAUUACCGUAUGAUGUUGUCUACUGCAGUAGUCAAGAUCCUCAGCACUCAAUAAAAAAUAUCUUGGGACGCAUCCCUGUCAGGGACAACGAACAAUAUAUAGAGUCUUCUUUGGCAAGUGGCGGGUGGCAGAGUAAAAAGAAUUCCAAGACAGCACCAAUCCUCGUUCUACGCUUCCCAGGAAAUGUUUGGUUGCAUCAACUCAAAAUUAUUAUGCACAAAAAUAAAAUAGCAUCCAGAGUCGAGAUCAGCAUUUUUAAAUUGCAGGGUGAGGCUUUUGUGAAACCUCCGUCGUUCAAGUUGUUAAACUUCCAGAAACUCGGUACUGUAAAUUUCAAUAGCAACGAACAGCCUGACGCUAUGUCCAAGGAACACAAGACAUUCCAUCUAAAAACUGAAGCGUACUUCGUGAGACUUGUAUUUAAUCGAGUUUCCGUGAGCAAUUCGAAUAAAUAUAGGCAGGUCGGUGUUUACUCCAUCGAAUGCGUUGGACGUCUACUUACACUCAUGCCUUUUCAUGCUGAUACCAACGUUCUACAUGUCGUUAACGUUGAAUCGAGCAGCCUGGACUUAUUGCCUUCUGGAGUGCGAUCCCCUUGUAACCCAUCAAGAAAUAGCUUAUAUCUUGUCGAUUCCGAACUAUCCAGCGGUAGAAACACACCUUGUGUUAGACAAAGCAACUCAGCCUCUGCAUCACACCCAAUGUCUUCUCUAAAGGAUGUUCAUCGCCAUCAAGGUGCAGCUAAUUCCAUGCUAUCUAUCCAAACAAGUCCUUUUCUUAUGGCAUCCCCAGAAAUGAAAUCCUUCCGAUCAGUUAGGAUUGUAGAAUUUGAAGAAUUCUUUCUUCAGCGUUUAGAGGAUUUGUUUUCGCUUAAGGAACAGGCAACUGCUGUUAAUGAUUUCGACAUCGUCAGAAAAUGCGAGGAAAAACUGUUCGAUCUUGAUAAAGCGUCCAGAGCAGUUUACCGCCUAGAACAAUGCAAAAUUCAGGCAAUUAUUGAAGAAGACUUUAUUCGUGCUGAAAAAGCCAAGGAACAGAUGGAUGAUGUCGUGGAAAGUGUGUACAGAAACCUUGAUAUGCCUAUGUUGCAAUCUAGAGGCUACACAGAUGAGCUAUCCUUAUCAACAAAUAGGGAGAAUGAAGUCACUAGCAAGGAUCGCGAUGUUAAAGAUGAAAAGGUAGUUACCGAUGAAGUAACCAGCAGUAACAAGUUAAACGACCCGACAAGUCCAAUACCUGUUUCUAAGGAUAGUGAGUUGGUAAAAGGAGUAGAUAGGCGCAACACACAUGACCUGCCUUCAAUAACGAUAAACAGGGAUUUAAUCAAUGCGCAUGAUAAACAAGAAUAUUCGUUUUACAAGGACGAUGUGGAUGAGUCAUUUAUUGUUUUAAAAAAAGCAAUUCGAUCUCUUACUGGUGAAGGAGAAAAUGACGAAGCAUUUUCGGUUGAUGUCAGCCUUGACACUCGUGCACUGAGGAAAAACUUAGGUUCUUAUGUGGCUGCUUGUAUGGUUUCGCGUAAUUUCAAGCUCCGUGAGGGAGCCUUGUUAGUGGUCACAGAACACAUCAGUACAACUUUGAGAAGCUCUGCUGCGGCCGUAGAGGAUGCUGUGCUGCGCUUUUUAGACUUCAAUUCACUUGGAUUGCAGGACUCCAUACCUAACGUCGUAUUUGCUGCCUGCAACUUCGUUCGAAAAUCUCUAGCUGACGAAUGCCAUUGUAUUAACAAAUAUCUCCAAUCUAUACUCAAUCUCCUUCCACGGCUUCUGUGCCGUGCCUCCGAAACGAACCCUCGAAUGCGCAGUGAGAUUAUGAUGACACUUCAGCUAUAUGUUCAAGCCGUAAAGGUUCCUGAUACAGCAAUUUUUCAGGCUAUUUUGGCAGAUCCUAUUGAUCGUGAGAAGCGAAAGGUGCCAUUCACUAAUCCACGACCUCAAAUAGUAAGGUUAAAUUUGUUGAGGCUUUUGUUAAGUGCUGGUCGUCUGACGCUGCCUAACGCUAGUGGAGUUAACCUCACACGCAAGCUGCUGCUUCCGGCUGUUAAUCACCAAAGCCCUGAAGUACGGGACACUGCAACUGCUCUUUAUACAUCGCUUGUAUCCCUAAAAUGUUUGCCUGUGAAGGAAAAGGACUUGAUUAAUAUCACGAACUCUGGAAUUAGACAAGCCAUCCAGGCAGCCAGUGAAUCAUAG